AUGGCUCGCAAGUCAAAUGUGGACCUUCCGCACUGUGCUAAGUGUGUGCGUCCUUACGUGACUCCUGUGAGAGAAGAAUCUCAUAGUCCCCGUGUGGACGGCAAGGACACUGAGACCCAGAAACACGAAGUGACUUGCUCAGGGUCUCGGCACCAAGCGCUGGAGCUCAUCUCCGUGGACCUGCAGAGCCGCAGGAACAACAAGGAGCACCGCACCCGGGAGAUGGGCCUGAAGCGGCUCGUCGUGCGCCGAGGCCAGGCCUUCACCAUCACCCUGACCUUCAACAGGAGCUUCCCACUCCAGGCCAACACCGCCUUCGUGGCUGAGACUGGACCAGAGCCCACAGAGCUACUGGGAACCCGUGCCACAUUCUCACUCACCCAGGCCCAGCAGGGGAAUGCCUGGAGUGCUUUUGACUUCACCCUGAACCAGAACUCGCUCCAGGUCUCCCUCUUCACACCAGCCAAUGCCGUCAUUGGCCCCUAUACACUCAAGAUCCAGCUCUCCCAGGACCGAGGCCACAGCGUGACUUACCUGGUGGGGACUUUUAUCCUGCUGUUUAACCCUUGGAGUACAGACGAUGACGUCUACAUGCCCAGUGAGAUCCUGCUCCGGGAGUACAUCCUGAUGGACUACGGCUUUGUUUACAAGGGCCACGAGAGAUUCAUCACCGCGUGGCCUUGGAACUAUGGGCAGUUUGAAGAUGAUAUCCUCGACAUCUGCUUCGAGAUCCUGAACAAGAGCCUGUACUUCUUAGAGAACCCAUCCAAAGACUACGCGCAGCGGAAUGACGUGGUGUACAUCUGCAGGGUGGUGAGCGCCAUGAUCAACAGCAACGAUGACAAUGGCGUGCUGCAGGGGAAUUGGGGGGAGGACUACUCCAGAGGCGUCAGCCCCCUGGAGUGGAACGGCAGCGUGGCCAUCCUGCGACAGUGGUCGGCUCGGGGCGGGCAGCCUGUGCGGUACGGACAGUGCUGGGUCUUUGCAGCUGUUAUGUGCACUGCGGAGGAAGCAGCGGUGAGGCAGGACACUCAGCACAGGGCCUGCGCUGGAGAGCCCUGUGCUUGGCUCUGUACUCCCUUCCGCAGGAAUUUCCAUGUCUGGAACGAGUGCUGGAUGAUCCGGAGAGAUCUCCCGCCGGGAUACAAUGGGUGGCAGGUUCUGGACCCCACUCCCCAGCAAACCAGCAGUGGGAUGUUCUGCUGUGGCCCUGCCUCCGUGAAGGCCAUCAGGGACGGGGAGGUCCACCUGGCCUAUGACACUCCAUUUGUGUUUGCCGAGGUGAACGCCGAUGAGGUCAUUUGGCUCUUUGGGGAUGGCCAGGCCCAGGAAAUCCUGGCUCACAAUACCAGUUCCAUUGGGAAGGAAAUCAGCACCAAGUUGGUAGGGUCAGACCAGCGCCAGAACAUCACCAGCACCUACAAGUAUCCGGAAGGAUCCCGUGAGGAGCGGUCUGUGUUCAUGAAGGCCUCCUGGAGGAUGCUGGGCUCAAGAAGGGCCUCAUCACCCUUCCUGGACCUGCUGGGGUCUGGGGGCAUGGAGGGCCAGCCGGCCCAGCUGCAGCUCCACCUGGCCAGGACGCCUCAAUGGGGCCAGGACCUGUUGCUGACACUGCGUGCCCGGAGGGUGCCAGGCAGAACCCACCCCCGGGGCCCCAUCAGGCUGGUACUACACUUCUGUGCGCAGGCCCUGCUGCAUGGGGGACGCACCCGGGAGCCCCUCUGGAGGCAACUGGUCCACUUGAACUUGGACUUCGGGCAGGACAUAGAGUGGCCUCUCCUGCUGCCCUACAACAAUUACAGAAACCGGCUGACGGAUGAAAAGCUGAUCCGCGUGUCUGGCAUUGCCAAGGUUAAGGAGACGGGGAGGUCCAUGCUGGUCCUGAAAGAUAUCUCUCUGGAGUCGCCCCACUUAUCUAUUGAGGUGUCUGAGAGGGCGGAAGUGGGCAAGGCAUUGAGAGUCCACAUCACCCUCACCAAUAGUCAAACGGAGUCUCUGAGUAACUGCACGAUGGUGCUGGAGGGAAGUGGCCUCAUUGAUGGGCAGAUAUCAAAAGACCUUGGGACUUUGGUGGCCGGACACACCAUCGGAAUUCAGCUGAACCUCUACCCCAUCAAAGCCGGACCCCGCCAGCUGCAAGUCCUCAUCAGCAGCAGUGAGGUCAAGGAGAUCAAGGGCUAUAAGGACAUCUAUGUUGCUGCAGCCAGCUCUUUCUGA